ACCAGUGGCUGGGACAGGCUGUGGUGGCAGUCUGGGUAGAUCAGAGUGGCACCACCCAGAGGAGCAAUGCCAGGGGACAAGGGGUCCCUGACAUUGUCCCCAGACCCCAUCUGGAGAGAGGUAACAGGGGACUUUGAGAAGCAGAAGGAGAAGUGGGUAAAGCAGAAGUGCUGUGGUCCCUAUGGGCACUGCUUCCCAGCCAGGGGCUGGAUGGAGCAUCUGGAAACUCUGGACUCCUCUGGUGCCAAGCAAAUGCAGUGGCUCAAGCUCUCCUCACUCGUGGGGCAGCUCAGCUGCUUUGCUUUGCACUCAGAGCAGUAGCACUUGCACUGUUCAUUGGAAAAUCACUCCUGGGACAACAUGUGCUGUGGAGAACACCAAAAUGUCAGAGACUUUUCCUUCUCUUGGCUUUUGAGACCAAAUCAGCUCAGCUGAGACCCCCUUCCCUCAGUCCUCAAUGAGAAAAGUGCUCAUUUCCAGUAGCAUUUCCAACAUCCACUCUUGGUUUCAUUUUCUUCAGUGGGUCUCCAUAGCCUGGUCUUAAAGGCAAAAAUCACAGAGUGGGAUUCUCUGAACAUUUUCCUUAUAAAAUCUGGGCUCUGUGCAGCCUAGAGAAGGGAAUUUGCCUCAUGCCAAAACCCAUCCCCCUAAUACAGCAUGGAUACUCCAACAGGAUUCCAACAUACCUUCCACCUUAAAAAUCUCUGUUCAUCCAGUGACGAGUUCACCUCGGAGCAGAGCACUCUGCAGGGGCAAGGCAAACACAGCCAAUGAGGACAGAGGCUGUCAGCUCUGCCUCUGUCUGUCAGCUGCUGGGUGGGGAUAAAAUGCACAUUCCUGCCCCAACCUGCUUCUAGUCCCAGCUCCUGGAUGGACACAGAGCUCUCAUGGUGCUCUGGGUGGUUCUCCUCUGUACCUUGGUGUCAUCACUGCUCGGUGGGCUCUAUGUCCUGGGUGUGUUUCGGAGACAGAGACCCAAUGAGCCACCCCUGGACAAAGGUACCAUUCCCUGGCUGGGCCAUCUGCUGGAAUUCAGAAAGGACAGCUCAGAGUUUCUCAAAAGGAUGCAAAGCAAACACGGGGAUGUUUUCACAGUGCUGAUCGGUGGCUAUUACUUCACCUUUGUGAUGGAUCCCUUCUCCUUUGGCACCAUCGUGAAGGAAUCGCGAUCCAAGCUGGACUUUAGGACUAGUGCAACUCAGCUGGUCGUGCAGGCUUUUGGCUUCAAGCCCACCGAAGCCACUCAUAACAUAGUUCAUACAUCAAGCACAAAGCACCUGAUGGGAGAUGGCCUCACUGUCCUCACACAAGCCACCAUGGAGAGCUUUCGGAAGCUGCUGCUUUUCAACCUGAGCUCAGGAGAGAAGAGAGAGUGGCAGGAGGAAAACCUCUUCCACUACUGCUACAACAUCGUCUUCAGAGCUGGCUAUCUGGCUCUGUAUGGCACUGAGCCACCCCAAGGGGCAGGGAGCCAGGAAAAAGCUGAAGAGCAGGAUCGCCUCCACUCCAACCAGCUCUUCCAGGAGUUUCGUAAGUACGACCGCCUCUUCCCUCGCCUGGCCUUUGCUCUGCUGCCUCCCAAGGACAAAAGAGAGGCUGAGCGGCUGAAGAGACACUUCUGGAACAUGCUGUCUGUGAAGAAGGUCUGGCAGAAGGACAAUAUCAGUGGCUGGAUAAGUGAUCAAGAGAAACUUCUGGCAGAAAACGGUGUCCCCGAGUACAUGAGGGAGCGUUUCAUGUUCAUGCUCCUCUGGGCAUCCCAAGGCAACACAGGCCCGACUGCCUUCUGGCUCCUCUUGUAUCUGCUGAAGCACCCAGAGGCUCUGAAGGCUGUGAGAGAUGAGGUGGAUAAAGUCUUGAGGGAGAGUGGGCAAGAAGUAAAGGCAGGGAGCCCCACAGUUACUGUCACUAGGGACAUGCUGAACCAGACUCCUCUGCUGGACAGUGCUCUGGAGGAGACCCUGAGGCUGGUGGCAGCCCCAGUGCUGGUCAGAGCUGUCCUCGAGGACAUCUCCCUGAGGACAAGCAGUGGGACAGAGUUCACCCUCCGCAGGGGGGACAGGGUGGCUCUGUUCCCACACAUCUCCGUGCAGAUGAACCCAGAAAUCCACGAGGAGCCUCACAAAUUUAAGUACGACCGUUUUGUAAACCCAGACAGCACCAGGAAAGAUUUCUACAGAAAUGGGAAGAAGCUGAAAUUUGUCAGCAUGCCUUGGGGGGCAGGAGUUUCCACCUGUCCCGGGCGCUUCUUUGCUUCUGCUGAAAUGAAACUGUUUGUGUUCUUGAUGCUGAGUCACUUUGACCUGGAGCUGGUCGAUGAGGAGGAGGAGAUCCCAGCCAUAGACAUCAGCCGCUGGGGAUUCGGGACCAUGCAGCCUGUCCGCGACGUUCGGUUCAGACACCGGCCGCGCUUCUAACCUGGGGAGGUCUGGGGUGCUGUUUGUCCUGGUGUCACCUAUGGGACAAAUUGUCUGAUCUCGUGGUUAUCAGAUCCAUGCAGUGGCAACACUGAUAUGAUCUUGUUUGCUCAA